AUGGCAGCGAACAAGGGCCCAACCCUGUUAGAUGGAGACCUCCCAGAACAAGAGAAUGUGCUACAGCGAGUCCUGCAGCUGCCUGUGGUGAGCGGCACCUGUGAAUGCGUCCAGAAGACCUACACCAGCACCAAAGAAGCCCACCCCCUGGUGGCCUCUGUGUGCAAUGCUUACGAAAAGGGCGUGCAAGGUGCUAGCAGCUUGGCUGCCUGGAGCAUGGAGCCAGUGGUCCGUAGGCUGUCCACUCAGUUCACAGCUGCCAAUGAACUGGCCUGCAGAGGCCUGGACCACCUGGAAGAAAAGAUCCCUGCCCUUCAGUACCCUCCAGAAAAAAUUGCCUCUGACCUGAAGGGAACCAUCUCCACCCGCCUCCGCAGUGCCAGGAACAGCAUCAGUGUGCCCAUCGUCAGCACUUCUGACAAGGUCCUGGGGGCCACUCUGGCUGGCUGCGAACUUGCCUUGGGGAUGGCCAAAGAGACUGCGGAAUAUGCUGCCAACACCCGUGUUGGUCGACUGGCUUCUGGAGGGGCUGAUCUGGCCUUGGGUGGUAUUGAGAAGGUGGUAGAGUUCCUCCUUCCACCAGCCAAGGAGGAGUCAGCCUCUGCUCCUGGACACCAGCGGGCCCAGAAAGCUCCCAGGGCCAAACCAAGCCUCAUGAGGAGGGUGGGCACCCUGGCCAAUACCCUCUCUCAACAUACCAUGCAGAGCACAGCCUGGGCGCUGAAGCAGGGCCACUCCCUGGCCAUGUGGAUUCCGGGUGUGGCACCCCUGAGCAGCCUGGCCCAGUGGGGCGCAUCAGCAGCCAUGCAGGUGGUGUCCCGGCGGCAGAGUGAAGUGCGGGUGCCCUGGCUGCACAACCUGGCAGCCCCCCAGGAGGAAAAUGAUGAUGACCAGAUGGACACAGAGGGAGAGGAGACAGAGGAAGAAGAGGAGGAGGAGAAGGAGGAGGAAUCAGAGGCUGAGGAGAACAUACUCAGUGAGGUAGCAGCCCUGCCCAGCCCUCGAGGCCUCCUGGGUGGUAUGGCACACACCAUGCAGAAGACCCUCCGGAGCACCAUCUCAGCAGUGACAUGGGCACCUGCGACUCUGCUGGGCACGGUGGGAAGGAUCCUGCACCUCACACCAGCCCCGCCCAUUUCCUCCACCAAGGGAAGGGCUAUGUCCCUAUCAGAUGCUCUGAAGGGUGUCACUGACAACGUGGUGGACACGGUGGUACAUUAUGUGCCGCUUCCCAGGCUGUCGUUGAUGGAACCCGAGAGCGAAUUCCGGGACAUCGACAACCCCCCAGCCGAGGUCGAGCGCAAGGGGUCCGGGGUGCCGCCCGCCAGCCCCGAGCCCGCUCCCCGCCCGGGGCAGCCUCGUGCGGGUCUACGCAGCGUGCGGGGCCUCAGCGCGCCCUCCUGCCCUGGUUUAGACGACAAGGCAGAGAAGUCUGCGCGCCCUGGCUUCCUGGCCAUGCCUCGCGAGAAGCCGUUGCGCAGGGUCAGCGACAGCUUCUUCCGUCCCAGCGUCAUGGAGCCCAUCCUGGGCCGUGUGCAGUACAACCAACUGCGCAAGAAGAGCUGA